AUGCUCUCGACGACGAGACAGCUGCAGCGGGCAGCUCCCAGCGUCGCAGUGGUGCGACGAACACUACCCGUGGCCUUCGGAACCGCGAGGCGAAGCUAUGCCACGCCUUCCGGCCCUCCUCCCUCUGGAUUCAGGAUCACGAAGAAGCAGACGUGGGAGAGCCACCCCGAGUCGACGAUGGACUACGUUGGAAAUUACUUCCUGUUGACCGAGAUGUUCCGCGGCAUGUACGUGGCGCUUGAGCAGUUCUUCAGGCCGCCUUACACCAUCUUCUAUCCCUUUGAGAAGGGUCCCAUCUCCCCCAGAUUCCGUGGUGAGCACGCGUUAAGACGGUAUCCUUCCGGCGAGGAACGCUGCAUCGCCUGCAAGCUCUGCGAAGCUGUCUGCCCUGCCCAGGCUAUCACUAUCGAGGCCGAGGAGCGUGCUGACGGCUCCCGCCGAACUACCCGGUACGAUAUUGACAUGACCAAGUGCAUCUACUGCGGCUUCUGCCAAGAGUCCUGCCCCGUCGAUGCCAUUGUUGAAUCUCCCAAUGCCGAGUACGCGACCGAGACUAGGGAAGAGCUCCUCUACAACAAGGAGAAGCUUCUCUCCAAUGGUGACAAGUGGGAGUCUGAGCUGGCCGCUGCUAUCCGAGCUGACGCUCCUUAUCGCUAA